AGAUCUUUCAUUGUUAUCAAUGCAAGAUAAGAAUUCAUGACACACUAUUCCGUCAGGUUUUUGUUAUUUGACAAACACAAUCGACAAUAUGUUUCUGCCCUUACUAACGCUUUCGUCGAUGCUAGGAUUAGCAGUUUCCAACAAUUGUCCUAAUGAGUGGAUACAUUACGACACGUCGUGUUACCAUUUUAGUCAUGAUACGGAGUCUAUGCCUGUUGCUGAUUUGGUUUGUCAACACAUGGGAGGACACCUUGUGGAGAUAGAAACUGCCGCAGAAAACGCAUAUCUAGCUGCUAAAGCAAAUGGACUUAAAGCCCAAUUUUGGACUGGUUUAAGUGACAUUCAGCAAGAGUCGGUGUGGGUCUGGUAUGGCAGCGAACGUCCUCUCUCAUCUACUGGGUUCCAGAACUGGGCACCAAACGAACCCAACAAUUCAGGAAUGAAUGAGAACUGUGCAGUUAUACGAACAGAUGGGACAUGGAACGAUGGACCGUGUCAUUUGUUGGUUCGUUAUAUUUGUGAAAAGAAUGAUGAAUCAUCAGAAAUAGUUGGUUAGAUCUAUAAUGUCGAUGAGAUUUGCCACAAUUUUUAAAAUACAACAAUUAACUUCAUUGCCAUUUAGUCGCUAAUAUCUUUUUGUUUGUAUUUUCUUGUUUUAUGGAUUAUGCUGCUUUGCUAAUCAUAACUUUCUGAAACCCAUUGUUAAGCAAAUUUAAAGUUUGAAACCAGACAAUAAAGUGAAAAUUGA